UUUGACGCCAUUUUACAGGCGAAAUUGUGUGUGUGACGCGUUGUUGUAACAAAAACCGAGAAAUUUUCCUCGACCGUGAAAAGCGAGUGUUUACGGCCGGAAAAAGAGGAGCACAGCAGAGAAGCAAGUGAAGAUGUCGCAACGCUUUGCACCUGGCCAAGCGCCGGUGCAGUCGCGCUAUCAGCCACCGCCGUCGGCGCCCGGCAUGCGUCCCUAUCCGCCGCCUGGCGCUAAUUUUCCGCCGCGCGGAUUUCCCCUGCAUCCGAACACGGCGCAACCGGUUCCGGGCACGGCGAACGUGGCUGGAGUGCCAGGAGUUCAAGGAGUGCCCGGCGUUCCGGGGUCAUCGCUGCUCCAACGCGCCGCCCAACAGCCGGCCUUCCAGAACAGCCUGCGCGGCACCGGAGCUGCCGGUGGAGGUGGUGGAUCUGGCGGUGGAAGCAAGCGAUCCAAUGAAUCCCGAAGCUUGGGCGGCGGAGGUGGUGGCAAAAGUGAUUUCGUCACGGCCAAAAAGAAGAAGAAGUUGGCGGACAAGAUACUGCCGCAGAAGGUGCGCGAUCUGGUGCCGGAAUCGCAGGCGUAUAUGGAUUUGUUGACGUUCGAACGGAAGCUGGACGCGACUAUCAUGCGAAAGCGCCUAGACAUCCAGGAGGCUCUCAAGCGACCCAUGAAGCAGAAGCGCAAGCUGCGCAUCUUCAUUUCGAACACAUUCUAUCCCGGCAAGGAGCCCACAAACGACGGCGAAGAGGGCGCCGUAGCGUCCUGGGAAUUACGCGUGGAAGGGCGUCUGCUGGAGGAUGGCAAGGGCGAUCCCAAUACAAAGAUCAAGCGCAAGUUCUCGUCAUUCUUCAAAUCGCUGGUCAUCGAACUGGACAAGGAGCUGUACGGACCGGACAACCAUCUGGUCGAGUGGCAUCGCACUCACACAACCCAGGAGACGGACGGGUUCCAGGUGAAGCGGCCGGGCGAUCGCAAUGUGCGCUGCACCAUCCUCCUGCUGCUCGACUACCAGCCGCUGCAGUUCAAGCUCGACCCGCGACUCGCCAGGCUGCUCGGCGUCCACACGCAGACCAGGCCGGUAAUCAUCUCCGCCCUGUGGCAGUACAUCAAGACGCACAAGCUGCAGGAUGCCCACGAGCGGGAGUACAUCAAUUGCGACAAGUAUCUGGAGCAGAUAUUCAGCUGCCAGCGAAUGAAGUUCGCCGAGAUACCGCAACGCCUCAAUCCGCUGCUCCAUCCGCCCGAUCCGAUUGUGAUCAAUCACUUCAUUGAGAGCGGUGCGGAGAACAAGCAGACGGCCUGCUAUGACAUCGAUGUGGAGGUGGACGACACGCUCAAAAACCAGAUGAACAACUUCUUGAUGAGCACCGCCAGCCAGCAGGAGAUCCAGGGGCUGGACACCAAAAUCCACGAGACGGUGGACACCAUCAACCAGAUGAAGACAAACAGGGAGUUCUUCCUGAGCUUCGCCAAGGAUCCGCAGAUGUUUAUCCAUCGCUGGAUAAUAAGUCAGACGAGGGACUUAAAGUUGAUGACCGAUGUGGUGGGCAAUCCGGAGGAGGAGCGCCGGGCCGAGUUCUACUACCAGCCAUGGACGCACGAGGCCGUCUCGCGCUACUUCUUCACCAAGGUCAACCAGAAGCGGGCCGAACUGGAGCAGGCGCUGGGCAUACGCAACGGCUAGGCGAACGAUUCGCCGAUCUCCUUCAGCAGCCAAACGCAGCUUGGAACCAUCGCCAACCAGCAUCCGAAAACCGAGCGCACGGCAAACUCUUUUUCCUUCGCCAGUUUAGUUUAAGCUUAAGAUACAUCCCUUUUUUUCGACAAGCUGAACUCCAAUCCUUUCCAUAAUCGAGAUCCCGCAUCCAACUGCUCCAAAACACACACACACACACAUCCAGCACAAAUAUUGGACUUAACAGUAAGCUAAUAAAAUGGCAUACAAAUAUAAAGAACAAUCUUUAAAAACUCCA